AUGUGGGUGCGUGUAUUGCGGCCAAUUCUUGGUUAUCUGGGAGAUAUUGUUGGCAUAGCCCUGCAGAACGCCAAACCACUGCUGGGCUAUGCACUUCUGCUUUAUGCGCUGGUUGGCGCGGUUAUCUUCGGCACGGGCUUCCUAACGAACAGCAUCAACAACGCACUGACGCCAAUAUGCCGGAUACCUGGCGUCUCGUGGCUGCACUUACCGUUUUGUCCCUCUCCGCAAGUUGCGGAGUUGCAAGGCCCAGCCGAGUUCGACAAGCUAGUCCAGGCGCAAUCGCAGUUUGAGGACGUGCUAGCCAGCACACAAGUCGGCGCGAAUCUGCCAAUGGACAUGAAGCGGUCCGAAGCCAGUAUUCGCGAUCUGAAGCAUGUAGUACAGUACAGCAGUCUCCCGUCUCGUAACGAGCUGGUCUUCGAAUUUGGUGGCUUCAUCGAGACGGCGAGGCAAGCGAGUCAAGAUCUUAGUCGCUUUAACUCGCGCAUUGGCCGUGCUGUGGAUCACAUACUUAGCACGAAUCGCUGGACUCUGUCCGUUAUUGACGGGGUCAGCGCGUCAGAAGCCGGUCGAGGAGCAGUGUCGAGGUGGUUGGGAGAGAACCUUAACAUAUUCGCGCCGUUUCAGCCAGUCUCUCUGUCUCGCGAUGUACUGCUUGACCAGUACCUGCGCCACACUGGCGCGGUUGAGGAGCAGAUCAUGACGUUGAUUUCUGAAGCGCAGGCUUUGCUCAACAUCCUCGAUAACCUGGAUGGCCGUCUCGACGUUAUCGCAGCAAUAGCGACACGUGACGGCAUCAAAGCGCAGGACAACAAGGAGGAGCUGUUCGCCAUGUUGUGGACCAAGCUCGGCGGCAACCGCAACAGCGUCGCGAAGCUUGAGCAGCAGCUUCAGCUACUCAAGGAGGUCGGUGCGUACAGGCGCCUGGCGUGGGCGCACGUCAGCACGACUAUCGUAAAGUUGCAAGCCAUUCGAGACCAGCUUGAGGACCUUCGCGAGCGCGUCGCCUUGCCAGAGACCGUUGGAGAGAAGGUACCGUUGGAGGUUCACAUCAACAGCAUCAAUCUUGGCAUUGAGCGCCUGGAGCAGCAACGGGAUGCGAGUAGGAAGCUUGAACAGGAAGGCUACGCUAGGGUGUUCAGUAGAGCGGAAGAAGGCGAUAGGCGGUUGCUUGGAAGCAAGGAACUAUGA